GGAGCAUUCAAGCUUCUUUUGGAACGAAUGGGAAUCCCUCAAAUCACUAUCUCACCCUAUAACUCUAAAGCCAAUGGAGUCGUUGAAAGAGGGCACUUUAUUAUCAGAGAAUCAAUUGUCAAGGCCUGCGAAGGAAACAUUGCGAAGUGGCCAGAAAAGGUACAAGAAGCAUUCUUCGCUGAUAAGAUCACAAUCAGCAAAGUCACAGGAUUCUCGCCAUACUAUCUUUUACAUAGGGUUCACCCAGUUCUGCCCUUUGACUUAACAGAAUCUACAUUUUUGGUGAAAGGCUUCAAAAGUGGUAUGUCAAGAGCAGAUCUUUUAACUUUGAGGAUGCGGCAAAUCCAGAAGCGGCAGACAGAUUUGGAUAGAGCAGCAGCCCAGCUGACAAAGUUUAGGAUCAGAUCAAAAGAGAAGUUUGAGAAGAAGUUCCAAAAGCGGAUGCAAUUUGGACCAUUUGAUCCAGGUGACUUGGUUUUGGUGCGACACACAGAAAUAGAAAAGAGUCUAGACAGGAAGGCCAAGCCAAGAUACAGAGGGCCUUAUCAAAUAGUACGACGUAAUCAAGGCGGUGCCUACAUUCUUAGUGAAUUAAGCGGGGAAAUUAUGAGGGAAAAAUAUGCAGCAUUUAGGAUUCUACCAUAUAUUGCCAGAGAUAGGAAGGCGCAA